UCAAACAUCUUCAAAAAUCCAAGCUAACUCUUCAUCCACCAGCUAACCAAGCUUGAUUCAAAUGGCCAAGGUUCAUGCUUUACCACAAGUUGAUUCUUCUUCUUGCUCUACCUCUACUACUUCUUAUAUCUCUUCAAAGCCAGAAACGUUCACUAUAUGGAUGAAAUCACUUGUGAUGCAAACAAAUGGGUGCACUGUUUAUAAUGAAAAUGGUGAGGUUGUUUAUCGAGUAGAUAAUUAUGACAAGAAGGGAAGCAAUAAAGUUUAUCUCAUGGAUCUCAAGGGCAAUGUUCUCUUCACUAUACUUAGAAGGAAACUAUUCUUCUUCAGACAGUGGAGGGGUUAUAAAAGUGAUGGCUUAAAGUUAAGAAAUCAAGAGCCUUAUUUCCAAGCUAAAAGUACAGAAAUAUUCCAAGGCAAUUUAUCUUGUCGAAUUACUGUUCGAUCCAGCGAAGCUCCUGAUCAGAGAUGCCACUACAAGUUAGAAUCCUUGGCUGGAAAAUUAGCAUUCAAGAUUACAAACAGCAAUGGUGAAAUUGUUGCAGAGGCCAAGAGAAAGCAAUCAUCCUCGGGAGUAUUAUUAGGAGAUGAUGUACUGACCUUGGUGGUGGAGCCUCAUGUUGACCACUCUUUUAUCAUCGGACUUGUUACUGUGUACGGUUUGAUGCAUCAUAAACUGUGAAUACUCUUCAAAAUAAUCACAAGAUGUAUAUAGAUCAGGAGAUUUUUAUAUAAAUCGAUUUCAGUUAAGACGAUUUUUGUUUUAUAA